ACAACAAAAAUAAAUAAUUAUGACAAACUAUUGGACAACCCUAAAAAUAUGGCUAUCCAUAGUUAGCCUAUUUUUACUAUUUAUACAAUUAAGAGUUUCGGGAAAAGGGACGGCCAACUUUCGGGCCAUAGAAAAGCGUAUAUUGGACUCGAUUAUCGGCGACGGCCGCUACGAUUCCCGUAUACGACCGUCCGGUGUCAAUGCCAGCCAGGGUCAGGAUGGACCGGCACUGGUAUCAAUUAACAUUUAUGUUAGAAGUAUAUCAAGCAUUGAUGAUGUUACCAUGGAAUACUCAUGUCAGGUAACAUUCCGUGAACAGUGGAACGACAAUCGGCUACAGUUUGACGACAUGCAGGGAAAGAUCCAGUACCUGGUACUGACCGAUCCGAACCGUAUAUGGAAACCCGACCUAUUUUUUAGUAACGAAAAAAAGGGACACUUUCACGAAAUAAUUAUGCCAAACGUAUUGCUCCGUAUCUAUCCAAAUGGAAACGUACUGUUUUCCAUACGUAUCUCAUUGGUACUUUCCUGUCCAAUGGACCUGAAAUACUAUCCACUGGAUAGGCAAACGUGUUCAAUACAAAUGGCCAGUUAUGGCUAUACCACCGAUGAUCUAGUAUUUAUGUGGAAAGAGGGUGAUCCAGUACAGGUGACCAAGAGUCUUAAUUUGCCACGUUUUACACUACAAAAAUACUUGACCAACUACUGUACCAGUCGGACAAACACAGGUGAAUACAGUUGUCUGAAAGUGGAUCUACUAUUCAAGCGUGAGUUCAGCUACUAUCUGAUCCAGAUAUACAUACCGUGUGCCAUGCUCAUAUUUGUGUCAUGGGUGUCCUUUUGGUUGGACCCGAACGCUACGGUAGCCCGGGUAUCGCUGGGUGUUACCACACUGUUGUCUAUGGCUACCCAAAUAUCGGGUAUCAAUGCCUCUCAGCCGCCCGUUUCCUAUACAAAAGCCAUCGAUGUCUGGACAGGGGUGUGUCUGACAUUUGUUUUCGGUGCACUGUUGGAGUUUGCACUGGUCAACUAUGCCUCCCGGAGCGAUGUACACCAGGCAGCAGCCAAACAGCAACAACAGGUUGCCCAGCGUCAGGCCAAAUGGAAUAUCGAACAUUCGACUAUGGAAGCCGGCGGUAAUGGAGAUGAGACCACAUAUGGAUUGAGAGGUGACGGCUACCGGAGCUGCGAAAUACACGCCAAACCAAACAAACGCAAAAACUGGUGCAAACGAUGGCUGUCCAAAUUUCCUACCCGUUCCAAACGUAUCGAUGUUAUAUCUAGAAUAUUCUUUCCAUUUAUGUUUGCACUGUUCAAUCUGGUCUACUGGACCACCUACCUGUUCCGCGAUGAUCUACAUAUGCCACUCAAAUAAGCCACUGAUGAUAAUGAUGAUGGUUGGAAACGGUAGGUUUUUAUUUGGAUGGGUGGGUGGAUCAAUGGGUUUGAAUUUAUUAAGGGGGACGG